AUGAAUAUCGAUGAGUGUGUGCAGUCGGACACCGUGGCCUGUCAGGUGGGGUGCAGUAACACCUUGGGCGGGUACCUCUGCACCUGUGGGACUGGCUUCUUCCUCACCAGCGACCAGGUGUCCUGUCAAGAUUUGGAUGAAUGUGCCCGGAACACAGACAACUGCCAGCAGAGGUGCACCAACACUGUGGGGUCCUUUGUGUGUGCCUGCAACCCAGGCUACGUGCUGCUGUCUGACAGGAGAACAUGCCAACUGCAGCCUACAAUGUCAACAGUUACUGUGUCUUCAGCAGUGACAACCUCCCUCAGUACAGACAGAGCCUCUACAAUAACUACUAGUGCUACACAACCUGGUGUUACGUCUGUCUUCAUCUCACCUGCUGUCUCUCGCUCUACAGGUGUGCCUCCAGUAGUUCUUCCUGAUGAGCCGGAGUGUGGAACAGACUGUCAUGUCCAGGCUCGCUUCCUCACCAUCGGGAACAGGGAACAGUGUGUGUGCAACCCUGGCUGGAAAGGGAAUGGGACAUACUGUGAACUGGCUGCUAAUGGGUUCAACCUGAGACUGAGAAUGAAGAACAUCUCGUUUGUGGACGAGCUGAACAACUGCAGCUCACAGGAGUUCCAGGACCUCUGGCCGAUUGUCUUCAGAAGGCUGGACAGUUACUAUCGCUUCCACCAGAACAGCCGUAUAUCAGACAACUAUCUGUACUGUAACCUGCAACUGUUCCUGAACGGCAGUGUCAUAGCCUACCAUACAGCCACCUUCAAGGAGGACUCCCUCCUUACCAGGGAUGACGUAGCUGCUGCCCUUUCCCAGGCUAUUUCUGCUGACACAGCCAACACACUCGGGUUUGAUCCUGCGUCUCCGGGUGUACAAGAGCUGUGCUACAGGAGUUACUGUAUGAACGGAGGGAGCUGUGUGGAGUCAGGCAGUGGGGACAGGACAUGCAAAUGUCCAGUUGGCUUUGCUGGCAUUAGAUGUGAGAGAAGGGAUGACACCGGUCUCCUGACCCGUAUAUUUGGUGUGUUGGGUGCCUUUCUGCUGCUACUGUUGAUGGUGUGCCUGUGUCGAUACUGGUUCCUCGUACAGAAGAGGAGCAGCAAAACCAGAUACUAUGUCCCCAGAGACAGUGUGCUGGGUGUCGACUCAGACACCAGCUCCACCACAGAUGACAUGGUGCAGCGCGUCGGACCCACCAUCUUCGUGGGGCGCUACCUCCCCAGGCGGGGGUUCACCAACGAGCUGCGCCGGAGCCCGUCGGCCACCAACCCAGACGCUCACGACGAAAGACUUUAUAAUGAGAUCUUUGGGAAAAAUGAUACAUUUAAGAUCCAGCGCCCCAAGUGGAGUUAUCUGCCCAUCUCUGGUCCUGCUUCCACAAUGGGCAGUUUGAUGUGAACCAAACAACUGCUUUUUAAGUAGACUUCUCCAAAUCUAUGCAAACUAGUAAUCAUUGAAAAAUGUAUUUUCUUAUGAUAUAUAGAGAUGACAUCUUUGUAGAUUUCUAUGUAGCAAAUCUUUAUAGAGAAAUAUUAUGAUAAUAUAUAUUGUAAAGAUAUCAUAAAGAAACAAUUAUAGAUCAGUACGUGUUAAAUCUAGUUCAAGGUUGUAUCAUGUUUUCUAUAGUAAAUAUUUAAUGGAAUGUUGCAAUUGAUACUUAUUUGUUGCAUUAUUGUAUAGUUAUAGAAAAUGAAAAAUAUAUUGUCAAAUACAAGCAGAAGAUGAUGAUUAAGAUGCAUAUGAAUUUAGUUUUAAAAAGAUCACUAUGCCUUUUCAAAAACAAGAUAAUCAUUGUUUCUUACUUAACACCAUUUUCACUUUUUAUUACCAUAUUGCAAUAGAAAACCUAUUUAAGUCCUAAAGCUUUGUAUUUUUAAACAUCAAAUUUAAAAGAGAUAGAAAUUGUG